AUGUGGAUCCAGGUUCGUACUAUAGACGGGAAGGAGACUCGCAGCGUUGAGGAUCUUUCUAGAUUGACCAAAAUUGAGUCUUUACGGUUGAAAAUACAGGACAUCUUCAAUGUAAGCCCCCAACAACAGCGCUUAUUCUACCGAGGAAAGCAGAUGGAAGAUGGCCAGACACUGUUCGACUACAACGUAGGACUUAAUGACAUCGUCCAGCUGCUGAUUCGUUCACAGUCUGAUGCUCCAGACAGCCCUGCCAACAAAGACUCCUCUGGUGUUUCCUGUACUUCAGCCCCUUCUCCUGACUUUAAAUCAGAAAGCCACAACUCCUCAGCUCUUGCCUCCCCUGCUGCUAUGGAAACCUCCACCAAAAUAGACAAUGACAGCAGCAGCAGCGUAAAUACCAGCACUCUUAAUGAAACCAAGGCGGAUACCAGCGCUACCAGUAAUUCAGCCAGUACCAAAAAUGGGUUCAAGUCCCCCAGUCCAACACGGGACAGCCAGCCACACACAUCCAGCAAAAACACACUAGUUGACCCAGGAAUUGGUGUGUACAAGAUUAACGAGUUGGUGGACUGCAGAGACGUUAGCAUCGGAGCCUGGUUUGAGGCCUGCAUCGAAAAUGUGACACGAGCGCCCAAAGGACAGAUUACACCCACUAAGGGCAAGGUGGGACGGCCCCCAAAAAGGACUAAUGGAAAGCUGGAGGCCGAAUUGGGACAGGCCCAUAGCCAGGGCCAAACCACAGACAGUAACAGGAAUAAUGUUGUUAUUAGCACUGAGAGUAAUGGAGCCUCCACCUCUCAGACAGACUCUACAGCAGCUACAGAGACCACGGAGAAACAAGAGGAUGUCAUUUACCACAUUAAAUAUGACGAUUAUCCAGAGAAUGGUGUGGUGGAAAUGCAACCGUGUCAUGUGCGGCCGCGUGCCAGAACCCUGCUGAGGUGGGACCAGCUCCAGGUGGGCAUGCAUGUGCUGGUUAACUACAAUAUAGAGACGCCAGACGAGCGGGGUUUCUGGUUCGACGCCGAGAUUCAGAUUUUAAACCAAGCCUCCCGUACAAACAAGGAGCUCCGAGUCAAGAUCCUUCUUGGGGGCCCUGGGGAUAUAAUUGGAGAUUGUAAAGUUCAGUUUUUGGAUGAAAUAUACCAGGUGGAGAAGCCAGGAGCUCGUGCACUGUCAGCUGCAGAGGGACAAUUUAAACGUAAGAGUGGGCCAGAGUGUAAGCACUGCAAGGCCGACCCUGAGGCGGAGUGCCGUUUCUGCUCCUGCUGUGUGUGCGGGGGGAAGCAGGACGCUCACAUGCAGCUGCUGUGUGACGAGUGCAACAUGGCGUUCCACAUCUACUGCCUCAACCCGCCACUGUCCACCAUUCCAGACGACGAAGACUGGUACUGUCCAACCUGUAAGAACGACACCAGCGAGGUGGUAAAGGCUGGAGAGAAGCUCAAAGCCAGCAAGAAGAAAGCAAAGAUGCCCUCAGCAACAACUGAGAGUCAGCGGGACUGGGGAAAGGGUAUGGCCUGUGUGGGGCGUACCAAGGAGUGCACAAUUGUUCCUUCAAACCACUAUGGACCCAUACCUGGUGUCCCUGUUGGAACCACCUGGAAAUUCAGAGUUCAGGUGAGUGAGGCAGGUGUUCAUCGGCCGCAUGUUGGGGGUAUUCAUGGACGCAGUAAUGAUGGCUCCUAUUCGCUGGUGUUGGCUGGGGGCUUUGAGGAUGAAGUGGAUCGGGGAGAUGAGUUCACGUACACAGGCAGCGGUGGUCGGGACCUCUCAGGAAACAAACGGAUUGGAGAGCACUGUUUUGACCAGACCCUGACACAUAUGAACAGGGCAUUGGCUUUAAACUGUGAUGCACCUCUGAACGACAAAGACGGCGCCGAGUCAAGGAACUGGCGGGCAGGAAAGCCGGUGAGAGUGGUGCGCAGCUCCAAAGGUCGACGGAUCAGCAAAUAUGCUCCCGAAGAGGGAAACCGCUACGAUGGUAUUUACAAGGUGGUAAAGUACUGGCCAGAGAUUGGAAAAUGUGGUUACCUUGUGUGGCGGUAUCUGCUGAGACGAGAUGAUUUAGAACCAGCGCCGUGGACACCUGAAGGACUGGAGAGGAUCAACAAACUAAGCCUUGCUAUUCAGUAUCCACCGGGUUACUUAGCCGCCAUGGCUACCAAAACAAAAAAGGAGGCCUGUGCCAGACCGGGUCGUGGAGGCCGGAGUAAGCACUUCUCUGGGAGAGGAAGGCAGAGGAGACAACGCAAGAUCAAAGUGAAGGAAGAGAAUGACGCGGACGAGGAGGAUGAGCAGCUGAUGGCUCCUAUGGAUGAUGACGAGCCCCAGAGUAAUGGAGAGGAGAAGACGAGCAGAGAUAGUGAUCUGUCACCAGCAGCAGAGCCGCCCUCUAAGCGGGUGAAGAUAGAAGAGGCGUUCCAGCUGUCAGAGCAGCAGAAGCAGCUGAUCCAGGAGGACACCGCCAACAAGAAACUCUGGGAUGAAGCCAUGGGAAACCUGAAAGAGGGCCCGAACUUCCUGCGCAAGAUGGAGCAGAUCUUCAUGUGUGUGUGCUGUCAGGAGCUUGCCUUCCAACCCAUCACCACCGCCUGCUCACACAAUGUUUGCAAGAGUUGUCUCCAGCGGUCGUUCCGAGCGCAGGUGUACACCUGCCCAGCCUGCCGUCACGACUUGGGAAAAGACUACGCCAUGACCCAAAACGUGACGCUUCAGAUGCUGCUCGACCAGUUCUUUCCCGGCUACACUAAGGGCCGAUGAGGACAAAACACACGUUUAUAAGUAGAACACGUACAGACUCACACAUAAGCAGUCAUUCUGUGCACCCACGUAUACCGGCAAGUACCUAAAGCUCCACUUUAAAACGCAUCACGCACACAUACUGUACUUACCCACGGGAAAUGUAUAUUGCAUAUACAGCCAUUUAUAUGUAUACAAUCAUUCAUACACAAACCACCUCAGUAGGGACUGACCUCAUCUUGUUGAACUUGGACUGUCUCCAUUAACAUCACCAGCCUGAAAUUACAAAGGACAUUUUUUAUUCUCCUGACCCACAAACGCACAAAAGGAGCCCACGUUUACCCACUCCCCCUUUCUUCUAUAACUCAGUGGUUAUGAAUCGACAUUCAAAUCGUUAGACUCCUGCCAACCUUUACACAUUUUGUGUACCAUGUAGAGUUUUUAAUUCAGCCGGCAACUAACAGAGCUAGUCUGAUGAGGUCAUUAGGCACAGCAGGACUAGCAGUUUCACCAGGUUACUGAAGACACACAGGGCAGAGAACACCGCAUGUUCAACAUUCAGUAUGAAGAAGUAGGGCAGGUGACUAGGAGCUGCCCGUGCAGGUGGUCUUUUAUGGCAGACGAAAUCUGGAAAGCUGAUAAUUAACCUAUUCAUAUGUGUAAAUUAAGCAGUUAAUGCUUCAUCCUUUGAGCACUUUAUAGAUGACAAGCAGAGUAUUUUGUAAGAGCACAUGCUAACAUCCUGCUAGCUGCGUAUAACACGUUUUAAUGCCCUGAGUGAUUCAGCACAGCAGAUGUCAAGAGGAAUUGGAAGGUGUGUCCUGUUUGCAUGGUUUCAGGACAUUUCUAGGUCCAAUCAAAAAGCAACAUUACAUGAUUAGUAAACAUGAUGAUAAUACACAAGCUCCCCCUAAUAUUUAGGAAGUAUUUACCUCAUAAGUAAACACACUAAAGUAAAGAUGCCGUAGAGUAAAUCCGAGAGUUUUAUUGUCUCUAACUUAAUCUGCUUAAAGAAGGAUUCUAGGAGGUAUCAUGUCUAAAAGUAAAAAUAAACAUCUGCUUGUUUGGUAACAAACAGGACUUUACCCAAUUAUCAAUCUUAUUUGCCAGGGCAGCUAAAAAUAAAGAAAAACAAAAUACAAAUCAUAAAAUCUUCUGCAUCUUCAAUUAGAGGGCAUAGACUAUCAUGUACUUCAGAUCCUGUUCAUUUGUCAUCCAGAGGAAUACCUUAUUAGUGUGAUGGAAAUCAAAGAUUUCAGUGCAGCGCCCUGAAAAGGUUGAAGUGUGAGGUGUGUUAUUUUCAUAAGGGUGGCACACAGUGGUUGUCCCUGGUGUUUCCAAGCAACCACAACCAAGCAGGACUUCACACAAAGAUGCGUAGCGUUUAUAGUGCUCAGCAGACAUUCAUCUGCUUUCUGUUCUUUCAGCUGAAUUUAGUGUAGUUGAAAGUGAAGAGCAGCAUGAUCUGCUUCUGUUUCAUUUUAGAGAAAUAUUCAGGGGAGGGAUUGCAUUGACAGGAUGAUGUGAGUCAGAAAAUGGAGACACAUCUGUCUCAGUUAGUCACGGUCCAGGCUGAGUUCUGUCUCUUGUAAAGGAGCUUUCUGAUUAUUCUGAUUGUUGUGGAUUCACACCGUCAGAGGAUGAGAGAAUCAGAAAGACGUGCAGCACUCCUGUCUGUAUACAGAUUACAAACCAGAUAGAAAACCCACUGUAUGACCAGUCUGAUGAUGUCAUGAUUUGUUUCAGAUCCAUAGGACAACACAAACAGGUUUGUAGAGUUUUAGAGUGCCUUGUUAAACUGACUGUGAAAAACACUUACAAAAGUUGGCAUUAAAUGCCUGCCGUUUUAACCAAAGUUGUUCACUCGUUCCUUUUAAAUCAGGAAUAGAUUUUAAAACCUGAUUUAGACAGUUUUGUUAUAACAAAGUUCUUUUGUUAAACUUCUGUUUCUAUAAUGUUUAACAUUAACAAACGUCAACACAUUGGGGGGGGGGGGGGGGGAGAUUGGUGCAUGCAGGCAUAACACAUUUCAGUACUUGUAUUGAUAGAGUAUGAAAUGUUUAAAUACACUAUCAUACAGCAUUACAUUAGAUGAGUUGGCUAUAUUUAGGAAAAUGUAUAUAUAUUAGUUUGCACCCCAUAGUCAGCACUUACAUAAAACACAGAUGCAAAGUUAAGAUGAUCAUAAAAACCUUUAUAUGAAGAAAACUUUUCAGAAUCCAAGUUUUAAAAUUCUCCACAUGGAUAUAACAAUAAGACAGGCAAAUGAGAGGCGAGAAAUAAAAGACCAUUUACUGAAUAUACUACAUAGUUUAGUAUAUUUUAAAUGGAACUAAAAACUGAGCAUGGGCAGCUGUAACCAAAAAAACAACUUUGAUUUUCUAGGACAAGACCUUGUCUAUUUUGUAUGCUAGUUGUGUUUGCUAGUAUCAAACCUCUUUUUGAUCCCUAUAAUAAGAGUACUUCAACAACAAUGAAAACCAGUGACAAUCAUAGUCUAAAAGAACAUGACAGUACGUCAUGUUUUAUUUCUUUUUUCCUUAUUUGUGUUUGUUCAUAAAACCUUUGUUGUACAUCAGAAGAGUUUGAUUAUUCUAAACCUUUUUUUCUUAUUUCUAGCUGCUGCCCAGUGGUACAGUUUUUGGAAGACCAGGCCGAUAGAUGUAUGGCAUUGUUGUUAUUUAUAAGUGAGAUCUGAUGCAUAUUCACAUAUAUUAUACAGCCAUAGCCAUUCAUUUUCCGAGAGUGUUUUUAUUUUUUCUAUCUUGCGUAGCAUCUUUUCUAGGACUGCUAUGGUACUACAAAAUGUGCAGGGUUGGCAGGUCUAACAAUUACUCAAGCAAACCUGAUCUGUUCACCUGGGUCCAGUCGUUCAAAAUAUUUAAUCUCAAUAAGUAAUGUUCGGGUUUGAAAAUGCUACAACAAACUUUGUCCAUAGGGGGCGCCAAAAUUUAUAUAAACUGAAAGUUCCGCAGAGCUCCUUUUAAUUUCAAGUUUGAUCUUAACAGGUAUUUGGUGAAGUAAACUGAUUCUGCUGACAGAAUCUUUUAUUUGUCACAACAUAAACUGGAAGUUUUAUACAAACAAAAACUUGGAUUGGAUUGUCUGAUCUGAAUCACAUUCCAUGAUCUGUUUUUUUUUUUUAAAUGAUAGUUUUGGGCAUUUUUGCUUUUAUUGAUAGGACAGCUGAAGAGAGACAGGAAAUGUGGGGGGUAGAGAGUAGGGGAAGACAUGCAACAAAUGGUCGAGGCCGGGAGUCAAACCCGGGACCACUACUACGAUGACUAUGGCAUCUAUAUAUGGGGCGCAUGCUUGAAACUCUAGGCCAACAGCGCCCCCAUAAUCCUUUUUAAUAACCGGUUUUCAAGUUUGGAUCCAAUCAGAUUGCUUUAAUCCGAUCAGAUUACUUUUGAACAACUGGGCCCUGGAUUUCUGAAGUUUGGAUGGUUUAUGUCUGACUCUUGAGGUGGUUUAAGGGAAAUGUAGCCCCUUCUUUCAUUUAUUAGCAUUAUUGAAUUCAUCUGUGACAGCCUUCAAGGUGUAGCCAUGUGUAGAACAUAGCUGAGCGGAGGUAACACGCUGCAGUACACAUCAGUUUCUUACUGCUCUGUUGACAUUCAGUGUUACCGCCUCCUCCUCCUCUCUCAUUGGCCGGCUGUUUGUUUGUGGUGAUGUCCUUGUUUCUGUUCAAUCAUUCAGGUUUUUUUUCACUCAACAACAUGCAAGUACAAAUUCUACUAUGGUCUUUAACGCUAACUGUGAUGUGCAUUUCUUCCACUGUUGCUCAGCCUUGUUCCAAGGUUAUUUUCUUCCUGCAUUGACUGGCAAAGCUAAUAGCUCUGGUUUCUUUCUCUACUGUGACCCUCUCUCUCUCUCUCUCUCUCUCUCUCUCUCUCUCUCUCUCUCUCUCUCUCUCUCUCUCUCUCUCUCUCUCUCUCUCUCUCUCUCCCUCUCUCUCCCUCUCUCUCUCUCUCUCUCUCUUCGCUGUCCCCCGCCCUUCCGUGAACCUACAGUACUAACACUUUUUAGACGUCUUGUGGACGCUUGGCUUCAGUGCUGUGUUGUUGUUUGUUUUUUUUUUGUUGUUUUUCUUUUUUGUUUUUUUUAACUUUUAUUGCACUCUAUUGAAGAAAAAAGUUUGAAAAGUUGCAUUUAAUUUUUCUAGAAUGCUUACUACUAUCUAUGUCUGUACGCCAUUUUUUUUUACCAUUUUAGUUACUUCUAUUUUAAUCAUUAGUCAUUUGUAUGUGGCGACCUCAAACAUUUGCAGCAUAUGGCAGUCUGAGGAGUUUCAUUGCUUCAUGUUGUGAUCUGAAAUUUUAUACAUGUCAUAAUAAUACUUGAUAUGUACCUAUUAAAUAUUUGGAUUCCAGAAAAUACA